CACCGUCACCGUCACCACGUUGAAAUCUUCGACCACGCUGUGACCGUAGGUUAUGGCAGUUUCGUAGUAUGGCAUUUUGAUAAAAUCGAUAAAAUAAUUUGCCGAGAUAUUGAAUUAAUAUUACAAAGCUAUUUUCAACAGUCUUAUUAUAUAAUCGAAAUUAACAUUUCGGUAUUAAAUUAUAUUAUACAAAAUUAUAAUUUAUACCGCCCUAUUGACGCCACGUGGAGGUUAGAAACCUGAAAUUGUUUACACAUUUGUAGGCUAGAUGGGUCGCAAAGCAAAAUUUGAUAAAGACUCCAAGGUUCCCAGUGGUCAUGGGAGGAAGGCGAAGAAGCAGAGCGAUCCGACAUUCCCUAAGGGAGUCCUAAUCAAGGAAUCUAACAAAUUAGGUCACCGGCAGAUGCAAAGAGCAAAGAAGAGACUAUUGAAGAAUCAACAGCUGAAAGAAAAUGCGAAGAAGUUACUUAAAAAGAAAACCAAUAUGGAAGAACAGAUACAGCUUAAAAAUAAGGAAGAUAUAUUAAAGCAGCAGAAACAAAAGAAAGAAAAGAAAGUAAAAUUUGUCAAUGACAGUUCUCACAAAGAUGACGAGAUGGAAAUUCAGUCUGAUUUAGGAUCAAAACUAGAAACAAAGGUAAAGCAAAGUAAAAAGAAAAAGAAGAUAAAACAAAAAGAUGUAACCAGGAAUAUAGGAAGUGAUAGUGGCAAGAAUCAUUACAGUGAAGAUGAUGAAAAUAAUCAAGUAUCCAAACCAGGCAAGAAAGCGAAACAAAAUAAAAAAGUGAAAGGCACGAAAGCUAAGACCAAUGUGGAACGGAAAAAUGAUAGUAAUAAAAGUAAUGAUAGUGAGGAUGAAGGAAUUGAAAUAUAUUCUAGUAAUCAAGUAUCCAAACCAGGCAAGAAAGCGAAGCAAAACAAAAAAAUGAAAAGCAUGAAAGCUAAAAUCAAUACAGAAGGUGAAAAUGAUAGUAAUAAAAAUAAUGAUAGUGAGGAUGAAGAAAAUGAAAUAUAUUCUAAUAAUCAAGUAGCAAAACCUGGUAAGAAAACGAAACAAAAUAAAAAAGUGAAAAGCACGAAAACUAAGAUCAAUAUAGAAAGUGAAAAUGAUAGUAAUAAUGAGGAUGAAGAAAUGGAAAUAUAUUCCAAUAAUCGAGCCAAAGUAGGCAAGAAAGCGAAGGAAAGCAAAAAAACUAAAAGCAUGAAAUCCAAGACCAAUAUAAAAAGUAGAAGUGAAAGUGAAAGUGAUAAUGAUAUGUUAUUUAACGGCAAUGAUGAUGAAACUGAAGAAGAUGAAAAUGAACAAAUGGAUGAGGAAGAUGAAGAGAAUACGAGCGAAGAUGACAAUCAAUUGCUCUCUACAGCAAAAUCAAAGAAAAACUUGAAGAAAAGGAAACAAACAUUUAUGGAGGAUAACACAGAAAGUGACAGUGAAGAAAUGGCAUCCAGUGACGAGGAGGAAUCUGUUGAAGACGAGCAAAUGGACGAAGAUGAAGAGGAAAAUGAUGAGAGUGACGAUGAUGAUUUACUUCCAAUAGAAAAAGCUAAUAAGAAAUUGAAAAAGAAGAAAGAGAAGGAAGAGAAGCUUGCCGAGGAAGAAAUGGAUGAUAUGAUGGCACAUCAAAGUGUGUUCUCUUUUCCGACUGAGGAAGAACUUGCCAAUGUUACUAGCUUAAAAGAUAUUCAGCAACGAAUACGAGAUGUCAUUAUGGUAUUGUCAGAUUUCAAGAGAUUGCGGGAUGAAAAUAGAUCGCGUUCUGAAUAUACCGAACUACUCCGACGGGAUUUAUGUACAUAUUACAGUUAUAAUGAUUUCCUAAUGGAAAGAUUGAUGCAAAUAUUCCCGCUGGACGAGCUAUUAGAAUUUUUAGAAGCGAGCGAAGUGCAAAGACCUAUGACUAUCCGCGCGAAUACUUUGAGAACGCGACGACGUGAUCUAGCUGAGGCCCUCAUCAACAGGGGUGUCAAUCUUGACCCAAUAGGAAAAUGGACAAAGAUUGGUCUAGUGGUGUAUUCCUCACAAGUGCCUAUGGGCGCAACACCAGAAUAUCUAGCUGGGCAUUAUACUAUACAAGGUGCUUCCAGCUUCUUGCCCGUAAUGGCAUUGGAUCCAAAAGAAAAUGAAAGAAUCCUCGACAUGUGCGCUGCACCAGGUGGUAAAGCCUCGCACAUUGCUGCUAUGAUGAAAAAUACCGGAACGCUAUUCGCUAACGACGUAAAUAAAGAACGAUUGAAGGCUGUCGUUGGCAAUUUCCACAGGCUCGGUAUUGUCAAUUCUAUAAUCUGCAGUUACGACGGACGAAAAUUCCCUACGAUCAUGAAAGGCUUCGACAGAGCUUUGUUGGAUGCCCCGUGUACAGGUACAGGAGUAGUCGCGAAAGAUCCCAGUGUGAAGGUGAAUAAGGCAGAAGUGGACAUCCAACGCUGUUGCACAUUACAAAGAGACCUGUUAUUAGCUGCAAUUGAUUGUGUUAAUGCGCGUUCGGAAUCAGGUGGUAUUAUCGUUUAUUCCACUUGCUCGAUUCUACCGGAGGAGAACGAGUGGAUUGUCGAUUACGCUCUUAAAAAGCGCGACGUCAGGUUACUGCCUACCGGCCUGGAAUUUGGAACCGAUGGCUUCACGAGCUACAGGCAACAUCGAUUUCACCCCUCGCUGAAAUUAACUAAACGGUUUUAUCCGCAUGUACAUAAUAUGGAUGGUUUUUUUGUAGCAAAACUGCAAAAAUUCUCCAACAAUGUUCUUAGUCAGAAAGUUGUGGAGGAAGAAAUGUCCGAUUAAAAUUUUCUUAAAAAUUUGUUCAACAAUUUUUUUUAUAAUCAGAUUACAGGAAUGCUAUUAUUACAUACAAUUAUUAUUAUAGCAUUACUUUAUCUCAUUUACAU